AGGGCGCCAGUACACAGGUCAGACCUUCGGCUAGAAGCCAGUGAAGCAAUUUUAGCCAAACAUUGGAGUUUAGCUAGCAGUAAAUCCAGCGGAUGAUGAGAUAAACUUCCGGCAAUUAGAGAUUAUUUCAUCAAGUUUCCGCUUUAUAAGUGAAUUGUAAUGUUUUAUUCUGUGUAAGAAAGAAAGAAGUGAGAAGAGUGAGCUUCUGGACCGUCGCCAGCUUUAAAACAGGUGUGUGUGUGCGUGUGCGCGUGUGCGUGCGUAAGAUGCCCGUUCACUCGAAGGAGAAGAAGGAGGCUCAGGAGGAGAUGGAGGUGGAUUACGGAGAGCAGGAGGGCAGCAGCUCAGAGGAGGAGGACACCGACACUUCAUCCGGGUCUGAGGAUGGAGAGAGCUCCGAGAUGGACGAUGAGGACUGUGAGAGGAGACGGCUGGAAUGUCUGGAUGAGAUGACGAACCUGGAGAAACAGUUUACAGACCUGAAGGAUCAGCUGUAUAAGGAGAGGUUGAGUCAGGUUGAUGCUAAACUCCAGGAAGUGAUCUCAGGAAAAGCGCCCGAGUACCUGGAACCUCUCGCCAACCUGCAGGAGAACAUGCAGAUCAGAACUAAAGUCGCCGGUAUCUACAGAGAGCUGUGUUUGGAGUCAGUGAAACAUAAAUAUGACUGUGAGACUCAGGCAGCAUUUCAGCACUGGGAGAGUGAGAAGCUUCUGCUGUUCGACACGGUUCAGACUGAACUGGAGGAAAAAAUCAGACGCCUGGAGGAGGACCGACACAGUAUAGACAUCACCUCAGAGCUGUGGAACGAUGAACUGCAGUCAAGAAAAAACAAGAAGAAAGAUCCCUUCAGUCCAGACAAGAAGAAAAAACCUGUGGUGGUGUCUGGGCCGUAUAUCGUUUACAUGCUGCACGAUCUGGACAUUCUGGAGGACUGGACCGCCAUCAGAAAGGCCAUGGCCACUUUGGGACCUCACAGAGUCAAACCUGAUGUUUGUUCGUCUAAAAGUGAGAAGCAGCAGCAGCAGCAGCACAGCGCUCGCUCGGAGGACGGACGGCUGCUGUACGAUGGAGAAUGGUACAGUCGAGGACAAAGCAUCUGUAUAGACAAGAAGGAUGAAUUUCCCACCAGUGCUAUAAUAACGACUAUAAAUCAUGAUGAAGUUUGGUUUAAGCGCUCGGACGGCAGCAAGUCGAAGCUCUACAUCUCGCAGCUGCAGAAAGGCAAAUACACCAUCAAACACGCCUGAGAGAACCCGGAGAACCACGCCGUGUUCCGCAACACUGUUCCACAACCUGAGUGUGUGUGUAUGACGGUGUGACGCUCCUUGUUUUCAUUAUUACAGAUGUUAUUUUUCUGAGGUGAUCAUAUUUUUUGUUGAAAGUUUUCUACAUGUUUUCUGUAAAUACACUCCGCUCCGACUGCUGCCUGAUGGAUCAGUGUUACUCGUACCUGUGUGUGUGUGUGAGAGAGAGAGAGAGAACAAUGUUUACAUGUCCGUUAUAGCCAUGUGCCACGAUUAAAGUUUCAUAUCACAGUAAACCGAGUGUUCCGUUAUCUCGUGGUUUUUACAGAGUAAAAGCGAGAGGACAGAGCCGGAUGGGCCAGUACCACGCUCAUGCUGUCCAAUAAACACAACAUCUUAUAUUUACACCCUCAGUGUUAUAACACAGAAAGCAGAGUCAAAAUAAAGUGUGUAAUAAAAACAGCAUGAAAAAUAAACAUAUUAAUCUGUGCACAUUCA